UAACUCCAAAUAUCAAUGAUGGCGGCCUGGUACGAGCAGACGGUUGACGGUGUGCUGUUGGAUAUUACGGGUGUCCUGUAUAACAGCGGGCACGAUGGGGGUCAUGCAAUUCCGGGAUCCGUAGACGCCGUCAAUAGGCUGCGUGGGGCAGGACUACCUGUCAGGUUCUGUACUAAUGAAACCACCAGCACAAAGGCAGCUCUUGUGAAGAAGCUCCAGGGUCAUGGGUUCACCAUGACUGAGACUGACGUGUUUCCUCCAGCUCCAGCUGUCUGCAGCCUGUUGAAACAGCGCCACCUACGUCCUUAUCUCCUCGUUCAUCCAAAUGCAAGACCCAACUUUGCGGACAUCGACACAAGUAACCCCAACUGUGUUGUCAUGGGAGAUGCAGCAGACCACUUCACCUAUGAGAACAUGAAUAAAGCUUUCAAGCUGCUGAUGUCCCUGGAGGAACCUGUCCUCAUCUCCAUGGGUAGGGGGAAGUACUAUAGGGAGGAGGAUGAGAAUGUCCUGGAUGUUGGGGCCUACAUGAAGGCAUUAGAGUAUGCAUGUGAUAUUGAGGCAGAAAUUGUAGGCAAACCAUCACCAUCUUUCUUCAAUGCAGCUUUGGAGGACAUGGGCGUGACGUCUGACAAGGUGGUAAUGGUUGGUGAUGAUGUUGUCAAUGAUGUUGGGGGGUCACAGGCAUGUGGGAUGCGAGGGGUACUGGUCCGCACAGGUAAAUACAGACCGUCAGAUGAGCAUCACCCGACAGUGACACCCUCAGGUGUCGUGGACAACCUAGCUGAGGCAGUUGAUUUAAUACUUAACCACAGAUAGUAUAUUUCUAGUCAGUACUUGUGGCAGCUGCUACAGAGUUGUGUCCCUUAGCUGUCCAAGAAUUCAGUGAUUGUGGGUUCAAACCCUAGACAUGGCAUGAUUAUUAUUUUGGUUUAUCAGCACAAGUUUGUUGGUUUCACCAAAGUGGUAAACGUCCAAGACCUGCAUCACUUUGUGCUUCCUACCACAUCAAGCUGACACACCAUGAUGUGACUGAAAUACUGCUCAAAGUGGUGUGAACCCCAUCUUCCCGUGGCAAGGGAGUUAACUGACUAUGAAAGUCUAGUUUCCACCCUUGCCGAACAAGGCUUGAAUUUCUAGGAUCAAUUGUAGCGCCACAAGUGGCAAUUACAAGUUAUGUCCCUUCCAUGUCCCUCCCAUUGACCAUUCAGAUUCAACCUCUCAUAUCACUUGCAUUUGGUUCAAAGAAAAUGGCGGCACCCAGUCAAGACGAUCUGAUUGUUCGUGUUACUUCGCGAAGUGCAUCAAAUCAAGUACGCACCUUCAUUAGAAACAUGAAAAGAUUUGGGAAAUAUCUGUUGAUGCCGAGUUGGCAACACAUGUUUUGUACAUCCUGCAGUUUAGUAACAGGGUGUCGAUUUCGUUAAGCGAUUUUGAUUGGACUAUGCAUAGACAUGUUAGAUAGCCAAAACUAGUGAUGGGUACCACGAAAAAUACAGUACCAUGGUAUACCGCGGCAUCUGCUCAAAUACCACGGUACAUACCAUGGUAUUUGAACACACAGAGAAAAGCCUUCAUUUACGCCAUUAACUGUCUAUUUUGCGUUUUUUCAGGCCAAAAUACUUCCAUACCUAAGCUUUGGCCCUCGCGUUUUUCACGGCCAUGAAGUCCGCCAUUUUGUAACCAAGAAGAAAUGCAGUUCACUCUCAAGACGGGAUUUGCACGGGAAAUUCAAAUAAAACAUAACUUUCUAUGGAAAUUUAUUAAAUCUGACGUCCUUUACUAUAUAUUAGUUGUUUGUACCACACGUAAAUAAAAAAUAUUACUUAAACUAUGAAGAAACGUAAUAUUCAUCAUCGGAAAUUUCCGUAGCUACACAGACUCCGGAAUUUGCCGAAGUACCGGUAUAGUGAGGAAGUUUACCGGUUCGUACCACAGCUAACAAAAACCAUGGUAUACCGGUAUACCGGUAAUACUGCGCACCUCUAGCCAAAACAUGAUUCCAUAAUUCCAACCGAGUUCGCAAGGGCGGAAACAGGACUUUUAUAGUCAGUUACCUCCCUUGUCUCCGGGAGAUGUGUUAAACCCAGUUCACUCACUUACUCUGUGAGCUGCUACAGCAGGGAACAAACACGGUGAUCUUAGCGCUGAGAUUGUUGUAAGCCCAUGUUAAAGUUUGAGAGUUGUGUCUUAACGCUAAGAUCACUUUGUGGAACGGGAACCUGGUGCCACCAAAUGGUGGCGUUGGUUGCCCACUGCUGACACUGUGUACAUUGUCCUAGUCCCAUAACCAAAGAAUGCAACUGUAUAUUUCAGAUAUGUGUAUCAACUACUUCUAUGUAUAACCAGAGAGGGCACAGGUAGCCCAGUCAUCUUUGGUGUUGCGGUUCGCUGUGCAGAAUUGCAUCCCUUUGGCACGCCAGAAAGCCUUUUAUAGUGGGUUUGAAUCCUGGUGUGCCCCAAUUAUGUUUCUAGGUUUGUCAGCACCAUACCCCUGCUCGUGGGUUUCA